AUUCAGUCGGUUGCUGACGCUGGUGGAAAACGGUUUAGCUUUUCGCAUUUUCCCGCGAGUUGAUACCACAGUUAGUAGUAUAAGAAGUAUCUUGGCGCGUUGAUCCGCCUUGAGUAGAAUUACGGAUUCCUAGGUGCGAUUAGUGGUCGUUCAAUCGGUGGUCGGUUGUGGCGCGUUCUGAUGAGCUGUUGCCGGGUGCGUUUUGGUGGUGGUUUGUCUGGUGAAGGCGAGAGAUAAUGUUUCACCGUUGGAGUUAAGUGCAAUCGUUGGUUCCACCACGCCAUCGAGGCCAGGCGAAGAAUAUUGCUCCCCCCCAAAAGAUUGUGUUUAUCUUGCAAUAAGGAAGAGAUCACGCGGAGUGCGCGGGUUAUAUUCGGGAAAGUUUGUGGUGUUGAGCUGCCAGACCGGGAUGUCGAACAGCGGAAGGCAAUGUUUCGGGCGGGCCAGUAGUGUGGUGAAUUAGAUUUGGCGCGGAAAUUGUUGAGGAUUGGUGCGUUUCUGGUGCGUUGACUGGAGGUUAACUCGCAACAGGAUCCGACCGCGACCGCCCGGUCCAGAGCAGUAAAUUAUUCGUUUAUUUGCGUCGAGAACAAGCUUGCCGUCUUGUUGGAAAAAGGGAUUGUGGCAAAAGUUUAUAAUUUAAUCUCCAAGCUGGAAAUUGGAUUCCGACAGUGAGGAAGAGCGGGAGGCAAUGCGAUUGAGUUGAGUGUUGUGGAAUUGUGAUAGGUAAAACUCGAAAUGGUUUUCCCACCUCAAUUUGUGCAAAUUUGAGUUUUAUACGGAUCGCCAGUGAGUUCGGAUUAGGAAGUUUGCUGGAAUAAGUGAUUGUAAAGCAGCCCCUCGCGGUGAAACCCGGACAGGAAAGUUCCAGCGAUGGAACUGUGGGGACUGUGGACGAACGAAACGGAACCCGUGACGGUGGACUUCCAGCACAUUCUGGGCUUUCCGGUGGUGCCCUCGACGGUGGAGGAUAUUUUCGGCUCCAAUCGGAUACAGAAGUCGGUCCGGAUGCUGGAAUCGACCGAGGCGACGGCAUUCGGUGAUGUCUCGGUGGACCAUGUGGACGAGUAUGAACCGUAUGCGGACCGAUUGGAAACGUACAUUGUGCCGGUGGUGUUUGCCAUCAUAUUCAUCGUGGGAAUACUGGGCAACGGGACGUUGGUGAUUAUCUUCCUGCGGCAUCGAGCCAUGCGAAACAUUCCGAAUACCUACAUCUUCUCGCUAGCCCUGGCAGACCUGCUGGUAAUCUUCGUGUGCGUUCCACUGGCAUCGAUAAUCUACACCCUGGAAUCGUGGCCCUGGGGUGUCACUCUGUGUCGCGUGACCGAAUUCUUCCGCGAAAUCAGCAUCGGCGUGUCGGUGUUCACCCUGACGGCGCUGGCAGCCGAUCGAUACUGUGCCAUUGUUAACCCACUGCGGAAGCUGCAGACUCGUCCGGUCACGGUUAUUGUGGCGGUGCUCAUCUGGUUGUUGGCGAUUGCUUUUGCCAUUCCCUCGGCGGCCAUCUCGGACGUGGUGGUGGUGAAAAUCGAGUCCAACAAAACCAUCGAAUAUUGCUCACCGUUCGGGCAGCCCAGUGAUAAUGCCGCUGCUUACACCAAAUACAAAACCAUCGUCAAUUCGGUCAUUUACUACUUCCUUCCGCUGGCCAUCAUCGGCAUCCUGUACAUCCUGAUGGCGUACCGACUGCACGCCAGCGCCCGGGACAUGCCGGGGGAGAACGCUGGGCCCCAGAGCCGUUCGCAGGCGCGCGCCCGGAGGCACGUGGCCCGAAUGGUGAUUACCUUCGUGGUGGUUUUCAUCAUCUGCUUCCUGCCGCACCACGUGUUCCAGCUGUGGUUCCACCUGAAUCCGAACUCGCUGUACGAGUAUGACGACUUCUGGCACAUCCUGCGGAUAACCGGCUUCUGUUUGAGUUUUCUCAACUCGUGCAUCAACCCGGUGGCCCUGUACUGCGUUUCCGGCGUUUUUCGGCAGCACUUCCACCGGUACCUGUGCUGCCGGCAGAUGUCCGUCCAGCGGCGCAUCGGCAUGUCCUCGGUUGGCAAUGCUUGCGAAACGAGUUUUGUGUCGACGAUCCGCCGGUCCCAGCACAACCACAGCAUCCGGAAGUCGCUCUCGGUUCACUCGGUCCAGAGCACCAAGAGGUGAGACAGCGUACGGCUGAUGGUGUACUUUCAGGACGGCCGCUCCGCUGCCGCUGCCGGUGGUGGUAAACGAGGUGCCACCAUGCGGAAGUAAUCGGUGAAGUCAGGUGGGAAAAGCUUCGGUAAAUGGAUGGGGGGAAGUGCUAGCGAACGUUGGGGCGAAUUGUGAUUUCACGUGCACAGGAGGCAAAAAAUAGCUCAAAUUUAGGGACCGGAUCGUUCAAUUCGCGUUAGGGAAAUGUAAUUAGAAUCAUCUCAAUGGGUAACGAAAAUUGUAUCGUAAGAUCGAAGACGAGAUAAGAAUCUGUUUAGCAUAAUACAUAAUCGUGAAACGGCUUUUGAAGUUAUUUAUUUUCAGAUGGUUUAACAAUGUUCUGUAAAUAAGGAAUAAUAAGUUCUAAGGUGCUUCAUUUACCAUUAUCUUUCGAUAUCAAUUAGUACCUACUGGUAGGAAUAUCGUUUCUGACAUUCCCAAAAUUAAAGGCGAACCAUUAGACUCUCGUAUGUCAUUUGAUCCCGAUGAUCACUAGUAUUCAAUUCAAACAAACGUCAUGCAAGGAGCACAAUACCAGGGGUUUCUUUAUGAAUUCUUUCAAUGACACCUUCAGAAAUUCCUCCAGGUAUUUCUUCACUUUUCCAUUGAUUCUUCCAGGAAUUUCUCCUACGUACAUUCUUCCAUGGGAAUCUUGAAGGGUUCCGAUAGUGAGUGUCCAGGGUUUGUUCCAAGAAAUGCUUCAGGACUUCCUCCCACGAUUCCUUCAGAAAUUUUUACAGAUACU